AUGUGUACUAACACCAUUGGCAGUUUCACUUGUACAUGUAUCAAUUGCUAUGCGGGUGACGGCGCGGCGUGCACUCUGGUUGAUUGUGGAGGUCUAUCAACACCGCCGAACGGCGUUAAGAACAGCAUUCAGACAACCUGUGAUACAACUGUUUCAUUCAGUUGCAACGCAGGAUUCAGUUUGCAGGAAUCGAGCUCUAGAUCAUGUCAACAUAAUGGUAUAUGGAGCGGAACGCAACCCACCUGUCAAGAUAUUGACGAGUGCAACAUUGGAUCACAUAUGUGUCAUACGAAUGCUAUGUGUACUAAUACUAUUGGCAGCUAUUCAUGCUCAUGCCAUAGUUGCUACACGGGCAACGGAGUUUCUUGCAAUCUGAUUUAUUGCAGCAGAUUGUCAGCACCAGCACAAGGAAGUGUAUCCGGAUCGCAGACAUCUUGUGGCAGCACUGUCACAUUCUCGUGUUCAAGCGGGUACACCCUGUCUGGUUCUACCAGCAGGGCAUGUCAAACCAAUGGUGCUUGGAGCGGUUCAACUUCAUCAUGCCACCUUAUCACAUAUAAUGUUGCCGGAUAUGCAACCGAUGUUUCUUCUGGUUCUCGCAUCGGAGGUGCAUCUGUUUCACUUGGAUCUCGAACAACGACAGCAAGCAGCUCCGGUUCGUUCAGCUUUAGUGCCGUUCCAGGCGCUACUUACACACUAUCUGCAGCUGCAAGUGGAUACGUUUCGAACUCGCGUAGCCUCACCGUGAGUAGCAACAUUGCCGCCGGCUCUGCAGCUGACAUCGGCCUCACUCGUGUGCUGUCUUCAGGUAAGUAGUUACAGUUAAAUUAAAUCAUGGCGGCAGAAGUAAAUUCAGAGUAGUCCAAACUUACGCUCGUAGAGUGAGUAGUCAACCACUAUUAACCAGGUAUUGUAUUCGUUUUAAAAACUAAACUUGCUAUUGAGACAUUACUAUUGAGCAUGCGCACUAGCAACUUCAUAACCUCAAUAACCGUCAGGCA